AUGGAGUUUGUCAUUUUAAAAGCCCCGCUUGGAUUCGAGGCUUGCAGAUUCCAGGGGCAUCCUGAGCUCCCCUCGCUCCCACAGCUGGAAGACCUGAAAAAUGAGCUGGAGAAGAGGCAGGCGAAAAAAAACCCGGAGAUUUCCCACCAGGACAGCCCGGCACAGGGGCAGGAAGAGAAAAACCAGCAGCUGGAGGUGAAAAGCUCCAUCAGCAGAUGUGGGAAAGUGACUUUCCAGCUGCCCCUGGAUGCGGCUCCGGGGCCGGAAGAGCGAGUUUAUCACUUCUCGUGGAGGAGCAGUGCCCUGAAGGAAACCCUGAGGAAGCUCCAAGCCAGCGUCACCCUGGACCCCGACACGGCUCACGCCGACCUCGUGCUCUCCGAGGACGGGAAGAGCGUGCGGCGCGGAGCCGCGGGCCGCCAGCUCCCGGACAACCCCGAGCGCUUUGACUACUGGCCCUUCGUGCUGGGCCACCAGGGCUUCGCGGCCGGGCGGCACUGCUGGGACGUGGACGUGGGCGACGGCGGCGACUGGGCCGUGGGGGUGGCCAGGGAAUCGGUGCGGAGGAAGGGGCGGCUCAGCCUCGGCCCCCAGGGCGGCAUCUGGGGGCUGGAGAAGUGGGGGGGGCAGAUCCGGGCGCUGACCACCCGCAAGGUGACCCUGGUGGCCCUGCGGUGGUUGCCCCGCAGGGUCAGCGUCCACCUGGACUGCGGCGGGGGGACCGUGGCGUUUUUCGACGCCGAGGACGGGGGGCUCCUCUUCGUCUUUUCCCGCGUGUCCUUCGCCGGAGAGAGGGUCCGGCCCUGGCUCUGGGUGGUGGGGGCCAGGUCCCAGCUCCGGCUCUGUCCCUGAGGGGGGAAAAAGCGUCCCCCCCCGCUUUCCACAGCCCCUGGGUUGGGUUUGUGCUUCCUUCUCCGCCGGGAGAAGGGAGAAACUCGGGAUAAAAAAAAGCGAGGCAAAAGAGAGGGAAGGAGCUGUGGACAAGGGACCGUGGGGCAGAGAAACGGGAAACAGUGGGAAAACGGGAGAAAUCAGGAUGGAAAGGCAAAUUUGCCCGAGGCUUGCCUGACUGGCUGGACAUAAUCCCAUCUGAGCUGGUCACCUCCAAACCAAGGGCUCCGAAUUACUUUUUUUUUUUUUUUAGCCUUUUCCCCAACCUCCAAUGGGUGGAGUUGCCGUUUUCUCUCUGAAAAAGGUCCCCGUGGUGACCAGGUCUGUGGCUUCUGUGAUUUACAUCGUUAUUAAUAAUAAAAAAAAGGCGUGAUUUC